GUUUUGAUAGUUGAAAUAUUGAAGGCAACAAAGACUUCCAAACAAAAAUAUCGACACAGAUUGUUAAACAUGCCAGAGAAUGAGAUUCUUCUGCAACUGCUGUAUGUCAAAAAGAAAUUGGAUAUUCCAUAUUUGACAUCAGUGGAUGGCAUGGAAUAUGCCGAAGAAGAAGAUCCAUAUUAUGAAACUGUUUUCAUUAUGGAUGAGUUUAAUGGAGAAACAUUUAAUGACUUGAAAAACAAUGACUGUAGGAUACUCGGUGCUCCCGUCAUAAACACAAUCAUGGCUACAAAUGAGCCACUACCAUAUACUUCCCGACCAUUAUACUGCACUCUCAUGCAAAGUUUAAAUCUUUGCUUUACUAAUUUCAAAACAAAGGAACAUCUUGCUCACUUGGUUACUCUUUGUCAUUACAUGGGUGCAUGUAUAAGGAAGGACAUGAGUUCCAAGAUAGAUUUUCUUGUAACAAACACACUUCAUGGUCCAAAGUAUCGGACUGCUGUAAGCCUUGGAACUCCAGUGAUGAAAGAAGAAUGGAUUCAUAGAUGUUGGGCGGCGCGUAACCGUGAUCAACCAUGUAGAGCAACUGAUGAUGAAUUCUUGGUUCCUUGUAAAUCAAAACCUUUUGAAGGUUGCACUCUAAGUUUUCUUGGUUUUUCAGAAUGUGAAAAGAAUCACAUGCAAGAACAAGCAAGAGAGCAAGGAGGUUUAGUUGCUGAAGUUGGCGAUCCAAUUUGUUCACAUCUUGUGGUUGAUGAAAGUUCUGUUGUUUCUUUACCUUUCCAACCUCAGGGAAAACUAUAUAUGGUUGUGCAAGAGUGGUUUUGGGGAAGCAUUCAAAUUGAAGCCAAAGCAGCUGAAUCCAUGUAUGUGUUUCAACUAGUUGAAUGUCCGGCUAGAAUGACAAGAAGUUCCACAACGUCUUCAUUGCUUGGAACACCUAAAUGGAAAGGUUCUACACGAGGUUUAUCGAUGCGACAAACAGGUUCUUCUGGUAAACCUUCAUUUUCACGAAAGCGAUCGCGAAUUCGAGAAGAAACGCUUGCCAAGCUUGCACAAGAAACUGAUGUAAAUAACUCUCACUCCCUUCCUCCACGAAAACGUCAAUCAACAGAUACAUCUGCAUGUAUUUCUGAAUCUAUGUUGGAUAUUUCAUCAAGCACAAACACUGGUGUGUUACUACCACGUAGCAAGGAGGACAUACUAAGAGAAAAAAUAGCGGGACCUGUUCCUGUUGUGACCGCCAGGUAUCAAGUUGUUAUGGAACUAUUGCAAACAGAAAAGAAUUAUGUUGGAAUACUUCAAACCAUAUUAAAUUUGUUCAAAAAGCCGCUGGAUGAUCCACAUCAAGCUGGUGGUCCAAUACUUGCAAGCGAAGAUGUGAAAGUUAUAUUCAGUUCAUUACCUGAUAUUGAGGUAGUUCAUCGUAACAUGAGUGAUGAUCUGCAACUUGCUAUUGAUCAAUGGAAUGAUUCAUCAUGUAUUGGACAACUUAUAUUAAAAUAUGCUGAUGAAUUUGGACGAUGUUAUCCCCCCUUUGUCAAUUUCUUUGAAGCAAGUGUGGAAACUUUAUCAAGUUGUGAAACAAGAUCUCCACGAUUUCAUGCAUUUUUAAAAAUCAACCAAGCAAAACGUGAAUGUGGGCGACAAACACUUGCUGAACUUCUAAUUAAUCCCGUGCAACGUCUUCCAAGGAUAAUACUCUUGUUGCAAGAUAUAAAAAAACACACUGAGAAGGAAAACCCAAACCAUCCAGAUGUACAAAACAUUCAAUCAUCGAUUGAUGCUCUCAAAGAAGUGAUGACGCAUAUUAAUGAAGAUAAACGUAAAACAGAGUCACAGAGACAAAUAUUUGAUAUUGUUUAUGAAGUAGAAGGAUGUCCUCCUACUAUAGUCUCAUCACACAGGCAAUUUGUAGCAAGAGCAGAGGUGAUAGCAGUUGAUGAUAAUCUUUGUAACAAAGGAGACCACAUAACUUUCUUCAUAUUUUCAGAUUGCAUGGAAAUUGCAAAACGUCGACGGGGAAUUAAAAGCCAAAGUUUUAAAAGUCCGAAUGUUCAUGGUCGGCCAGCGUCAGUGAAAUGUUUGAAACACACAAAACUUUUAUCUCUUUCUCACAUUAAAAAGGUUGUUAGUAUCACCGAUUCUGAAGAUUGCCAAAAUGCGGUUUCUCUGUUUUGUCGCACACCAACCGAUACACAGGAUUGGUUAUAUACGUUUAAGGUGAUGACUUGCACUGAAGACAGUAUCAGUAAUUCAAAGGAUGAAGUUGUCACAAGUGGAAAAGAAAAUAUUGCGAACUGUAGCAAGAGCCGUUUGCUUCAAAUAUUAUCAAAGCACAGAGCAAACACUGUUUGCAAAGCUAGUGAUGAAAACUUUAUUUGUUGCGUUAAUUCACAAGACCUAGAAGUUUGCACUGCAGACCUUGGUUCAACUUUGGGCCGAGCUGUCAGAGCUGCGAAGAAAUCAAGUAGGAAGUUGACGAGAGCAUUUUCAUUUAGUCGCACGCCUCGUCGUGUGAUGCAGAGAGCUGUCACCAACAUGCUCAGUCCUUCCCAACAACGACCACCAACCGGUUUAAAUCAAGAUGACAGCCCUAACUGUAACGGUUUAUCAGAUGUUAACGAUGAUGCAAAGGAUAAUACUCGAAGCUUAAGGGUGGAAAGUUUGUGCACUCCACAGCGCAAUAGACGAGGAAAUAGACUCGGCAGUACCACCAGUUUACAGCAUGAUGAAUCACAAGAGUUCACAACUUACACAAUGAAACCAUCUGUGAGCACCAUGACUCUUGCACAUCCUCCAUCUGCUGCUGAUUUAAUUGAGUUCCCUGCCAUCCCAACACCUCCCACAAGGAGACGAAGACAAAAAAUUGUUAAAGCAGCAACUGUUGCAUUUGGAAGAACCGGUUCUUUCAGAAAAAGAGUGAAAGCUGAAACUGCUGUUUAAAUAGUUUUACUUCAUUUUCCCUUCACAGUAAAUAUUCGAUGUGAAACUUGAUCCUUCAGUUACUUCAGUUUAAAACCAUAUUUGAUGUGAAAAUUGUUAUUGUGUUUUUUUUAGGUAUUUUGAAACUGCCAGUUUGGAGAACUUAUUUUUUUUUAUUUUAAGUAAUAUUGUGCAAAAAUGGUAAAAGUCGUUUGAAAAUUUCCUUUAAUAUUUUCAUGUUGUUUAUUUAUGGUGUCCUAUAUAUAGUGCAUGUUGUUUGUGCUACAUUUAUCUGCUUGACUAACUAGACUACACCAAGUACGCCGAAUGUUAUAUAAGCUUUCAAACUUAUAGAUUUUAAUGGUUUACCGAAAUUAGUAGAACAUGUUCCUACUACACACAAAUUUAUAUAGGUCGUGGGAUAUGGAGCCCGUAAUUGCCUUUGUCGCAUUUAUUGGAAAUUGAAGGUAUAGUAUCAUCAUAAUAAGUCUCAAUGGUAAUUAAUUAUUUACAAUAAAUUGUUUUGUUUUUUGAAAAGAGAACACCUUUCAUUCUA